AAAAAAAGGGCGCGAGAGGAGUUGACACGCAUUACCCUCCGCGCUGCGCGGCGAGACCCCGUAUGUCAGCCCCCGCGCGCCUCCCGCGCUUCCACAAUCAUUUCCCGCCAAUGAUCAGGAGGUGUCCGCAACGGCGCUUCCUCACCCCCCCCGUCAGCCUCACACACACACACACACACACACACACACACCGGGAGGAGCCGUCUACCCUUCCGUCACCCAUACCCGCCCCUGAGGACGGUGCGUCGUUGGCGGCGUCAAUAUUAUUUAUUAUUCCCGUUAGUCUCGGUAUUUAGCGCCGCAGCUGCUCAAGGUGAUCGUUAAAACGGACGCGUCUCGUUGUUUUGUGGCGCGUGUUUUUUCUUGUAACGGGGAUUAUUGAGGCGGCAUCAGCGCGCGGUGAUGCUCUCCGUUAAAGCAUCGUGAAGCGGCGCGAGUCUAAAGGACCAGUGCCGUGGAUGGUUGGGUGUUAGUGCGUGUUUGUUUUGCUCUGAUGGCGAACAUGAGCAGUAGUGUGUGCAUGGAAACCCCACACACUCAUGGCCACACCCAUGGCCACACCUACAACUAUAACCCCACCCCCGGGCGGGACUUUCCUCUGCAGAUCGACUCGUGCAUGAACCCCGUGUUGGACUACAGCGCGCAGAUGGAGCGAUACCGCUCAUUUGCCACCUUCUAUAAGAACAGCACAGCCGCAGCGGCCGCUGCUGCCGCCACCCCAUUUCCCCAGAACGCCAAAAUCACCCGAAUCGCCACGCCCCUCUUCCCCUCAGCCCGCCUAUCGGCGAUGCCACCCUGGCCCUGCGACAACGCCAUGCUAUGGGGGCGAAAGCCCACCUCGGUUAAUGUUAACGGACCUCACACACAUCGGACUGGCAUGUCGAGGGCAGAGCCGGUGAACAUGCACAUGUCCGCCAAACACAUUCCACAAGACUCCGCCCUCCCAAUGGGCGCUGACAACUUCCUGUCGCCGCUAGCUGCGGAGCAAUGCCGCGGUCUUCCCGUAACGGGGGCUGAGUGCAUGAACCGACUGAAGUGCCCGCCGCCUAGUGGAGCCGGAGAGGCGGACCGAGGCGGGACAUUCGGAGGGAUGCCCCCGUUGGGGGGUCUGUCGCUGCCACCGGGGGUCAUCGUCAUGACGACGCUUCACUCUGGUGCAGGGUCGUCAGGGGUCACGAUGUCAGACAGCGCAUUUCAGAUUGCCAACGUGGCGGCGGACUGCCAGCACAGUAGUUCGUCCUGCUCCGGCUCGCCCGCUGCUCUUAACGGAAACGCCAACGGCAGUUGCAGCAGCGCUAGCAGCAAUGGUAGCGGAGCGGCCAAGCGCAAGCGUAAGCGCUGCGGCGUGUGCGCCCCCUGCAGGAGGCUCAUUAACUGCGGCGUAUGCAGCUCCUGUCGAAACAGAAAGACGGGUCAUCAAAUCUGCAAGUUCAGAAAGUGUGAAGAACUCAAGAAGAAACCAGGCAGCACGAUGGAGAGAGCACCAUCGGCAGGAGCCGCCGACACCUUCCGCUGGUUCUUCUGAAGAACACGCCACCAAUCCACGUCAUAAAACCGGACUUGAACACUAGAAGAUCUGCAGGUCAUAAACCUACGAUCUACCCCGAGGUCUGAUCAUACGGUUCCGCAAUCAGGGACUCUCACCGUCCUCCUCUCUUACUACCCCUUCCCCUCAGGACUCACUGUGGCCCGUUUAGCACUGGGGGGGGGGGCGUCAGGUGCACAUGCCCCACCGGAGAGACGUCGAGGGCAAGUCUCUGGGUCUCAGACUGACCUCACCUCAACCAAACACCA